AUGGAUGCUAACCCGUAUCAUUUUCACGAGUCCUCCAAAAAUAUCAAGCUGGACGGGUGGAAGCUGUGUGCAAGCUUGCGACGACUGGAUGACGUGUGGGUUGAAAGAGUCCUAUCUCUAGGUGAUUUCCUUGGUAACAACGAUGGCAACUUCCAGUGGGGAGGCCAAAAUAUCAAUCAAUCUGCUCAGAAUCCAACACUUGUAUACUGGGAAGGAUAUCCGAUUUUGAGAGCUUCGUUGCAAGACAACGAGGGCAACUAUCACCAGCGCGACUGUAACCUGUCUGAUAAGAUUGGAAAUGGACAUGGCCGGUUCAUCCUCGAUGUGGGCAACGGUAUUAUUCAGGUCCGCGGGAAGUACGGGGAUGAUGGGGAACGGAAUGAUGUGGACAUUACAUCCGACACUGAUUGGACUCGAUAG